AUGAUUAAGGUAGAGGUAAGGUACACGGACUAUCGGGACCUCAGUCGAGCUUGCCCAAAAGAUGAAUUCCCACUGCCCAACAUGGACAUUUUGAUCAACUCAACCUCAGGGCAGGGAUUGCUGUCAUUCAUUGAUGGAUUUAGUGGCUACAACCAAAUAAAGAUGUCUACCAAGGAUGCUGAGAAGACAGCCUUUCAAACACCAUAUGAAAACUUCUAUUACACAGUCAUGUCGUUCAGUCUCAAAAUUGCCAGUGCUACCUACCAAAGAAGUAUGACAGUGGUAUUCCAUGACAUGACGGGGAAGGAGGUGAAAGACUAUGUGGAUGCUCUGGUGGUGAAAUCAAAAACCAAAGAAGGCCAUUGA